UCAUUGCUCUGGCUCCGGGACUGAAACCACUCCCUUAUCCUUAUUAAAGUUUGAUUUCCGCAUUGCCAAUGCCAUAACCACACUUACAAGGAAACGAAACUCAGUGCCAUCACAUCCACAGUCAUGGAGGAAACAGCUCCAGCUCUUCAUUCAAGUGGAUCCACAGAUGUCGAGUGUCAUGCAUGCAUCGGAAUGAAGCGCAAAGCUGAACAGACCUGUAUGGAGUGUGAAGCUUCAUUCUGUGAGCAUCAUCUUGUCGUGCAUAACAGUUUGCACGUGGGAAAGAGGCACAGGCUUGUUGAGCCCAAUGCAGUGUUGCAGGAGAACAUCUGCCCUGAUCAUGGCAAAAUGCUGUUUGUGUACUGCCGCACAGACCAGCUGUGCAUCUGUCACUUGUGCAUUACUGAUAAACACAGAGGUCAUGAUGUCAUCCCAGUGGAGGAGGAAGUGGCCAAUAAACAGAUUAAGCUGGGGGAGUUGGAAAAGUGGACUGCUGACAUAAUUAAAGCUAAGGAGAAGGAUGUGCAAGAGCUGAGACUAGCUGUGGAGAUUUUCAAGGCUUCAGCAAAUGAGGCACUGGAGAAGAAUGAGAAAAAUUUCACAGAGCUGAUCCAGUCAAUGAAAGACAGUCAGAGCAAAGUGACAGAGCUGAUCCACGGACAGGCUAAGUGUGCAGUGAAGGAAGCGGAGGGAUUCAUAAACACUCUACAGCAGGAGAUCAAUAAUAUGAGGUCCUCAGGUGCUGAUCUACAACACCUGGAGCGGCUCUCUCAUUCGAACAAUGAUGUUCGAUUUUUACAGAGCGCUGUGUCUCUGCCUUUGCUGACUGAGUAUAAAAAAACAUUUGUCUUUCUUGUGCAUCCGUACAAUUCUUUUGAGCGUGAUUCCAUGGCAGUUAGCGAGCUAAUAGAAAAGCUAAACACGACCAGCAAGAUGAGCUUAUUCACAAUUUCCAGAAAAGUGAGAAACACUAGAAUUGUUAGAUCACCACCACCACAGACACGAGAGGAGUUUCUGCAGUAUGCAUCAAAACUCACUUUUAAUACCAACUCAGCAAAUGAAAGUCUCAUCUUGAGGAAUGAGAACAGGGAGGUGAUAGCCACGCACCUGCUCCAGGACUAUCCUGAACACACUCAGAGGUUUAACUGCAGGGCACAAAUCUUGUGCAAUGAAAUUCUCAGAGGGUCCCCUAAAUAUUGGGAAGUAGAGAUUGGCGGGGGCACUUGGGUCUGCAUUGCUGUGUCCUACCAAGGGAUCCGUAGAAAAGGCAAGCAGCGUACACUUUUUGGAAGAAAUGCUCAGUCAUGGGGAUUGCGCUGUGAACAUGUCCGUGUAGAAUUUUGGCAUGACAAUAAGACAACUUUUUCGAAGUUUCAAUCGCAUGGCUCCAAAAUAGGAGUUUAUUUGGACUACAGAGCUGGAAUCUUGGCAUUUUACAGGGUUUCCGACAACAUGAGUCUCAUUUAUAAGCACCAAACUGUUUUUAAAGAGCCUGUUUAUCCUGGGUUCGGACUGGCUGGGAAAGGUUCCUAUGUGAGGCUUUGUGAUCCAGUGAAAAAUUAGACAAAAAUGUGCCUUUCUUCUCCAUUUAAUUUAGGUAGUUUGUAAAUUGUAGAGUUUACACAUGCAGCUGUCAUGAAAUGCAUGUUAUUAUUAAACAAAUACAGCAUGUAAUAGUCAAUCAGGAUUUGGAGGAAGGAUGUGGUUUUUGCAUGUAGACACUUGGUGGCAGCACUAUAUAAAGUUUUAAACUGGGCCUUUUUAUGUCAGCAUCUGUAAUUAUGAAUAGCUCAAGUUUAGCCAAAAAUAACCCAAAGAAGCAUAUCGAAGCAGUGCAUUUUGACUGAAAAAAGUCCAUGCUUUGUAUUGUAUGAAUCAUUACAUGAUUAUAAUGGAUUUUCACUCUAUUUUAUAUAAACCAUAGCAGCAUACGUAAUCCGUAUUUUUAACGUUUCCUGAAUGUGAAAUAUGAAAUUAUUGCACAUGUCCUUAUAUUAAUUUGUAGCAAGUACUCACACAUGUUAUAUCUGCUAAUCUGAAUGGAAAUCAUUCACAUAUUACAACUAUUCUGUUCCUCUUCCCACUGUGUCUAUAUUUUGUUAAGCAUUAGUCAGUCUCUUCUGUCAUACUCCCUUCAGGCUGCACUCUUCCACUAUCCCAACAGUUAGACUAGCAUGGCGAGGACCCAGAGGGUUGACAAGGGACAACUCCAAAGCCAGUCGCCCCCUGCCCUUCCCCCUGCCACCACCCUUCCAAACACAAAAUCAGCCUGGGGCAAGUGUAGGGCAGACACUGUUUCAACAGAGCAAGCAGUGCCAGAGCAACAGAGAAACACAGGAAAUGUGUGUAGAGGGAACUAUAGGCACUAAUAGCGAUCAUCAUAGAGAGAGAAAGUGUGCCAUGGCCCUCGGGGAGCCCAUUUACAGUUCUGUCCAAUCACAGACAUCAUUUGCUGCCUGUAUUAUCCUUUUAUGAGUGACAGGGAUUUUAAAAUACUCUAUUAUGAAAGAAACCAUUUCUCUCACUGCCAAGGACAUUGACACUCUAUAAAUACUCGUUUUUAAAGACUGAAUCACUGUAUAGACUCAAAAUGCUAGUCACAAACACCUCCUAGCAAUUACCCAUCAGGCAGAUGCUGAGUUCUGUCACUUACUGCUAACAAGGUGCAUGACCGUUUUGAUGCUGUUGGAGUAAGUUGUUUAAUACACCGUUUAAUGCAUUUCCUGUUGAAUAGAAUGGUUUGGGUGCACAUUGGAUAAUUUUUAUAUUAGAAUUUUUAUUUUAUUAUUAUUAUUUUUUUUUUAUUAGCCCUAUAGCCUUUAGUUGCUAAUUUGUUGCAAGUGGUUUUGGGGGAGGGACCUACUCAUUCUAGGGAGCAUUUGAUUGGACAAUAAUUUGUCUAGUGCAGGGUGAGUCAUCAGUAUUUUUGUACUGUAUUCCCAUAAGAGAAAGACUGUACAUUUUAAAUGUGUUCAGCGUAUCUGCUAAAAAUUAAUUUAGUAAACGAAUUUGCGCACACUAGCAUAUUUUUAUCAGCCUCAAAGCUUAUCCCCUUGUAAGUAAAAAAAUAAAUAAAUGAAUUGUACAUAAUUUUAAGAGAAUAUAAUUAAGUAUGGACUGAAAUAAAUGUUUUAAAUGUAUUUAAAUAUAUUUGUAAUUAAACAUUUGUAUUGAAGAAGUUGCAAUUUAGUACAUUUAAAAUGUAUUUAAAUGUAAUAUGCAAUAAAAUUAUAAUCAAGUA